AUGGUUGUUGUGCACACGCUGAUGUACGAUACGAAAAUUGCAUGGGAGGAAGUGUGUGUGCCACGUUAUUAUAAAAUUGAUUGGAUGCCCAUUGAAUAGGUGUAUGUGUGUUCAAGCGCUCGGUAGUCAAAAUGGCCAUGUCUGUAGCUAAAUCCAGGCUGACUUUUGUGUGUCUCUGCGUCCUGAUUUACUCCUUUUCCACGGAGAUUUCAGCCCAUGGAUCCGGCGAACAUGUCCACGGAGAAAAGGUGCAGUCUCAUGAAGGAAUUCACAGCCAUGACACGGGUGCACCUCCACUCAAAUCCAGCUCUAUGCAGAAAUGGGGAGAUGCAAUCGGAGCAACUCUUCUGAUCAGCGCAGCACCAUUCUUGAUUUUAUUUGUCAUUCCUUUGGACAAGGACCGUGAAGGGCAAGAGGCACUCUUGAAGGUGUUGCUCAGUUUUGCCUCCGGAGGGUUACUGGGUGACGCUUUCUUGCAUCUUAUUCCUCAUGCCGUCUCACCACAUCAUCACCAUGGAGAUGAUGGCGAGGGGCAUCACCAUCACCAUGAGGAUGAACAUCACCACGUCCACGAUGACCAUCAUCACCAUCAUGACCACACACAUGACAUGAUGGUUGGUUUAUGGGUUCUUACCGGUAUCGUUAUUUUCCUGGUUGUUGAGAAAACCGUUCGUUAUCUCAAAGGAGGGGCUGGCCACACCCACUCCCAUGGCGGUGUGGUUGCCGAGCCAAAAGAAUCAAGUGUUGUCAAUGGAAGCGGAAAGACAGCAAAAGAAGGCGGAGCAAGGAGGAGAAAAAAGACGAACAGCGGAAAUGGAACAAAAAAGAAUGGCGAUGAGGCAUCAGAUGACUCAGAAAAGGAUGAAGGAAUCAAAGUUGCCGGCUACUUGAACCUAGCAGCAGACUGCACACACAACUUCACCGAUGGUUUAGCAAUUGGAGCAUCGUUCCUCGUUAGUCGUAAUGUCGGAAUCGUCACAACUAUCACCAUACUGUUACAUGAGGUCCCGCAUGAGAUUGGAGACUUUGCAAUUCUUGUGCAAUCUGGUUGCAGCAAGAGAAAGGCAAUGUAUCUCCAGCUUGUUACAGCAGUUGGAGCUCUCGCUGGUUGUGUCACAGCCCUGUUGGCCGAAGGAGGGGAUGAAACCGCCCCCAGCUGGAUCUUACCGGUUACAGCCGGUGGCUUCAUUUACAUAGCAACCGUCUCGGUCAUACCUGAGUUGCUUCAACACAACAACAUCAAGCAGUCUAUAGCAGAGAUCUUCGGUCUGUUAGCAGGAGUCUCUCUGAUGAUUCUAAUUGCUUAUUUUGAGUGAGAAUUUUUGUUUUGUUUUUUGCCAGUGAAAAAUUAUUUUAUUUUCUAUCUUAUAAAGUUUUAGAUUUCAAAAUAACACCCGUCAUUUGCGUGCAUUUAUUUUUUAUUCCUGUAAGAGUAAGUUGGUUUUCAAUUUUGUUCAUAAAAAUAAAACUUGUUCCUUUAUUGGAUCAUAAUUUCUGCACAUUGAAACACGAAAUGACACGGUCGUUCAAACUUGCUAUAAAAAAAUCAACUAAGAUUGUGUCUAGGUUGUUCAUUUCAAUGAAAAAUUUAACUGGGUAUCCAAGAAACAAGAGACUAACAUAUUGCUUAUUUUUUUUAAAGUUUCAUUUCUUAUGGCCCAAAAUGGCUUUAAGUAUGAUACUGAUUCUCUGAAAAUGACUCAUUUUUGCUUUGUAUCUAAGUUUAGCAUUAAUGUUUAUUUGUAAUAUCUGUAGCGUACAUUGGUUGUCGAAAAUGAUUGAAUGUCUGAGUGUAUUGGUUGUCAUCAUAUUUUCUAUUUUAUGACACUUUCCUAGGAUCCCACCAGUUUCUGUUUUAUUUCCUUUAGUCAAAUUUUUCCUUUAAUAGUGAAGACAUUUCUUUCAGUAUUUCUUUGUUUGUGUUUAGGAAAAUUUUACCGCUUCAAGAAUUAAUCUCGCAUGCAACUUUAGUAUCAGCCGGUUUUCUCAGAAUUUGUUUCUCCCUUUGUAGUGAAGUAGAAAACUGAAAAACACUUCAAGUUUUUGUAUUAAAAAGUCUCUUUUAUUUAAUUUGAUUUCUUUUUAUUCCACUGUACACUGGGAAAACAUGAGGAGUCAAUUAAAAAAAAAACAAUCCAAAACAUAAAACAUUGACUGAGAAAAUAGAAACAUAAAAGUGUAUACACAUUUUCAAGUAGUAUAAAUUACCAAGCCAGUGAGUGGCAAGGAUUGCAUUGGGGAUUGCCAGCAGUGAGUGGCAAGGAUUGCAUUGGGGAUUGCCAGCAUUGAGUUAGAAUUCUUGCCUCAGAAUUGUCAAGAUUUCAACAUUGAUGGAGACAGACUUAUUGAAACAUAUAAUCUUUCAGGUAUCUCUAGAAAUCCCAAAGUAGGGUCGGGGGAUUCCCCCUUUGUCUUUUUGUGCUCCACCACAUUUUUAGCCAAUGUAGCUUGGUCAGUGUACACGUAUGAAUGUUUAUUGUUUAUAGAUUACAAAAGUGCAUUUGUGAUGUCCUACCAAAGCCCUUUUCACACGACUGCAUUUAAACAGGAGUCCCUUGCUUUAAUUUCAGCAUGGUUUUGAAAGUUUAUAAAUUUAACUCUUUGUCGAAGGACAGCAAAGGUCGGACUGUCCGAGGUCCCUGUGAUAUCUCAAAUUUGCUGUCCUUUGCUGUACAGUUUUUAAAGAUUUCAAACUCGACCAAAAUAAAAAAAUAAACAAAGGACCCUUGCUACAUUGCUGUUGUCUGAAAAUGGCUAGUGUAAAAUGUUAAAUGUGUUUGAAGAACAACGAUAUUUGUACAACGAAAACAACAAUCCUUGUCAUGUAUAUUUUAUUCCGAAAACUGUUUUGCAGAUAAUGUUGAACAAUUUAAUAUUUUUUGUGUUUAAGAGCAAAUGUGGAUUGGUGGAUAAUUGCUAAAGGCUGUUAUGUGGUGAAUUGUGAUGUGUAAUUUAAUGGCCGUAUUACAAUACAGCCAACUUUUUAUUUCCUUUAAUAAGUUAACAAAAACCAAAGUGGACUAGAUAGAAAAUAGACUGGUUCUUUGUAUGCUUAAAUUCCAUAAUGCAGCCAAUGAACAUAAAAGAAAUGGUUGCAUCGACUAUAGAUACAAAAACUAUAUUUAGAGUAAACAAUUUUAAAGGGAAGGUACACAUUUGGUAAUUACUCAAAACAAAUAUUAACUUAAAAACUAACUUGGUAA